CUGAUCAAAUAUUCUCACACGACGGCAUGGUACUCGCAAACCUAAGAUAUCCACGACGGCGUGGUCCGUCCUCUUUCCCUGGCGAAGCGCAGACCUGACGCUGGUAUCCGUAUAUGAGUUGGAGAACCGUGUUGCUUAUGGGCACCUUGAUUGGCCAAAUGCUGUCUCUCGACAACUCGCCAUUUCUUCAUUGUGAAUACGCCGAUUACCCGCAACAAAUUUGGGCUGAAGAUGCACGCGCCUCGAGAAAGACUUUGUGUCGCAAAUCACAAACUGACAGCUGGAAAUUCUGCAAUUGCAGAGUCACGGCAACCUUCAAGAUCCUCUGCACCGAGAGCGGAUCACUGCUCCAUCCAUCAAGCGGAGACCGGGCCUUUUGCGGUCUUGUCAAUUGCUUGGGGCCAGGGUGCUGGCUGUGAGUGCCCUGGGCGAUCUGUUUACCCUAGAAAAAGUUCGACCGAAAUCUCCGCAGAAAUCCGAUCUGCGAUCUCAACAAUAGCAAAACGGCGUAUUCUAGAAUGUUUUGCGGCUUUGCUAGGCAGCUGCAAUAGGUA